AUGUCAUCAUCAACAUCAAAUAGCUUUCACGAGGAUUCAGAAAACGGCCAAGAGUCGGUGUUGGAAUUCGAAAGAUUGGAAUCCACAUUGCCUCCUGCAUUGAGGAGAUCUGCAUCUUCAUUGCUUGAAGUUAUCCAGUCGAAUGGUACUCCCCCAGCAUCACCAAGCGACCCACAAACCCAUGAUGCCUCAAUCCAAUCGCCAGUGCCACAACAUCUCAGAGACUUGCCACACCAACAAGUGCCAGUAUACCAAACAGUCCCAGGAAGAAACACUGCUCCUACACCAAACUUGAAAGACAAGAGCCACCGCCAACAUGUGAUCAAUAAGCUUUCCAAAUCAGAAAACGGAAGAGAAGCAUCACCCAUCCCAAUACCAAAACCAAAAUUCAACGAAAACAUUUAUAAGCCGGCAAUGAACUCUAAACAAUCCUCAACCGGAGUGUUGUGGGCCACAGAAAGAGCCCAAGAGUAUGGUUACGACUCUGAGCACGUUGGAGAAUGGGCAAAUUUGGGUCAAGGUGCACCAGAACACGGUGACACCAUUCCAGGCUCAUUCCCCAGACCCAAAACCAUUCUGGUCCCUGAUGCCUCAAAAGAGUAUGCUCCAACUGCCGGUAUAAAGCAAUUGCGAGAAGCGGUGGCCAACUACUACAAUGUGACAUAUAGACAGAAUAAGCAGAGCAAGUACACAUACAAAAAUGUAUGUAUUGUUCCCGGAGGCAGAGCAGGUUUAACAAGAAUUGCCUCAAUCAUCAGUGACUGCUACUUGUCCUUCUUCCUUCCAGAUUAUACUGCAUACGCAGAGAUGUUAUCGUUGUUUAAGAACUUUUCGCCCAUCCCAGUGCCAUUGAAAGAAGCAGACAAUUACGAAAUGCAUUUAAAGAUGAUCAAGGAGGAAUUGACACGUGGUGUUAGUGCACUUCUCACAUCGAAUCCAAGAAACCCAACUGGCCGUUGCAUGAAGCCAGAACAAUUGCAACUAUUACACCAAAUGUGUCGAGAAAAGUGUCUCUUGAUUAUGGAUGAGUUUUAUUCCCAUUAUUACUAUGACGAUGGAUGUACUGGUUCCUCAAUAAGUUCAGCUGAAUACGUUGAAGAUGUCAACCGUGACCCAGUACUCAUCCUCAAUGGUCUCACAAAGGCAUUCAGAUUACCAGGCUGGAGAAUAUGUUGGAUUCUCGGCCCCGAAGAAUAUAUCAACAACUUGUCCUCAGCAGGUUCCUUCCUCGAUGGAGGAUCCAACGCUCCUUUCCAAUACGUUGCCAUUGACUUUCUCGAGCCAUUAAAGGUCAAGAAUGAAAUGCGCGCAUUACAACUCCACUUUAAGAUGAAGCGUGACUACAUCAUUGGAAGAUUAUCAAAGAUGGGCUUCCAUUUCAAUGAAAAGAAUACACCAAACUCAACAUUCUACCUCUGGUUGAACUUGUCGCAUUUGCCUGGGAAAUUAAGCAACUGUCUUGGAUUCUUCCAUGAAUGUUUGCACGAAAAAGUGAUUGUUGUUCCAGGCUUUUUCUUCUUAAUCAACCCACAGAACUUGAGCCACUUGGAAGAAGUUAUCUGGUAUAAUUACGUAAGAAUCAGUUACGGCCCUGAGUUACACCAUUUGGAGAAUGGUAUGGACGGCAUUGAAAGGAUAUUACAUAGAUUUGGCUGCUUGCCAUACGACUUGAAAGAGUAA